CGGACUGAAAAUAUUACAGUGAAAGAUAAAAGUACUGAGUAAUAAUAGGUAACCCAAAACUAUUCUUUUUUUUUCUCUUUCUUCAGUUCAAGUAUUUAAAAGAGUCUAAAAAGUUAUUCUAAUGCUACACAGAAUUAAGUGUAUUCUGGUUGAGGCCUGUAGGUGGCGCAUUGCACUAGAGUGAUGAGGAAUGACGUUAGGGUCAAAAGGGCAAAGUCAUUAAAAGAAAGCGCCAAAACGCUGCAGAAACUAAUGUGUGUUCUCUCAUCAUUUUAUACAGUUACCAUAUCUCAUCCUUCUUUGUUGAGACCGGUAACAUUUUGGGGGCUCGUCCAACCAUUAGGAUCUUGGUAUCAGCUUCGAGACUGAUGACGUGGGAGACCAGUGUGACCCUCUGGAUUGAGCUACAAGGAAUGCUGUGAGUUUGUUCACCUUGUGAGUGCAAGUCUUCGGGGUUCCAGUCAAGAUGGCGUCUUCAGCUCCUCUUCGUGCGUUGCAAUGGGAUAUCCAAAAACAGCUUCAUCUGCUGAGUGAAGAACAGCUGUAUAGUCUUGCUUCAUCACUGGAAGAUGAAAGGGGCUUGGAGGUUCCUAAAGUGACGGGUACCAAUGAACCUGAACUUUUUGAAUUCAUCGUGGACUACAUGAAAAGCGAUCAGCUUAGAACGCUUGAAGAUGAAGGUAUGUCUCGUUUGCUGAUCAUCAAAGACAAGAUUGAUGAACUAAAAUCCAGCAAGGGGAGUGAAUCAGACAUGGACACUGCAAACAAUGGUAAAGAUGUUAGUGGUGGGUCAUCAAUGACAGAACAGGUAUCUGGGCUGGUUAGAUUGACUGAUGUUACUGCUUUGUUGCCCCGCAGAGAUUUCAAAAUGCAUGGUGGUGUAAUUUCAGAUGCUAGUUCAGAUAUGAGUUACAACAGUGUAUGCAAACAAAUUGAUGAGGGUUUGAAAGAAAAAUUCUCUGAAUCUGAAAUCAUACGCACAGUGUUAAGAAUGAUCAAACCAGGUAACUUUAAAGAUAUGUUGACCAACAAAGAUGAUCUCACUGUUGCAGAACUGAAACGGUUCUUAAAGUCGCAUAUGAGAGAACGAAGUAGCACUGAAUUGUUUCAGGAGCUUAGCAAUGCUAAGCAGCAUGAUAAAGAAACUCCACAGCAGUUUGUCUAUAGACUAAUGGGGUUGAAACAAAAAAUUAUCUCUGCAUCACAACAUGGAUCAGAGUUUAACUAUGACAAACGACUGGUGCAGGGAGUGUUCCUUCAUACACUGUAUCAGGGGCUAAAUGAGAAAAAUGGUAAUAUCAGAUCGGACAUUAAGCCUCACAUCUCUGACUUGACAGUGACUGAUGACUUCAUCUUAGAGCUGGUUACUAAAUCAGCUAAUGAGGAAGCAGAGAGACAGAAGCAUCUUAGCACUGUAUAUAAACACAAACUUCUGACUGUUAGUUCCUCCCAGUCCCAAGAGGAUAGUGAGAAAAGCUAUGACACAUUGCAAAAGAGAAUGGAAGGAGAAGCUCGAGCAAAUCGCACUGCCUUAAUGGAACUGACAGCUCAGGUUGCUGCUCUCACUGAAAACCUUGAAAAGAUGAUGAGACACCCUGCUGCAAUUGAAAGCCAAACUGCCACACCAUUAAUGAAUGUUGAAGUUUCAGACAAACCUGUAAGCAAGCGUAGAUGUGACGACUGCAUCCAGCGAGGAAAUCAGGACUGCUGCCAUUGCUUCCGCUGCGGCCAGGCAGGACACAGAGCGGUUGGUUGCCUAAAGAAGGGAACGAAGGUGGGAAACGGGAGGCGGUCACUGGUACGGGACAACCAGUGACCACAUCAUGCUGUCCGUCCCAUGUAAAGGUAAACUAUGUGCCUACACACCGUUCUGAAAAUUUAAGUUGGAAAAAUCGUCAGUCACCAAAAAAACAAGCAGCACAACUGAUUGGCAGAAAAUGUAUGCUGUCGUGUUGGUUAAAUGGGGUUCUUACUGAAAUGCUGUUGGACACAGGGGCUCAAGUAAGCAUGGUAGGAAAGACGUGGGUAGAAAAGUUCCUUCCAAAUGUGCCUAUCAAGCCUAUAGAAGACUUAUUUUCUGACCAUCAGCUUCUAAUUACUGCUGCCAAUGGCUGUGUGAUUCCAUUUGUUGGAUGGAUUGAAGUACUCUUUGAACUCAAAAGUGAUGGAUCUGGAACCUUUUCCAUUCAGGUACCAAUGCUAGUAAGCAACUGCUGUAAUGACAAUCCACUUCUGGGUUUUAAUGUCAUUGAAGAAUUGAUCAGAGGAAGCAGUGACCAGCCAAAUAGCAUUGAAAAUCUAACCAUUUUGCUGAGUAAAGCUAUGAAUGUAAGACAGGGCAUAGCUAACAAUAUCGUCAAUGAUGUUGUGCAAUUAGCAGAUUCAGAGGAAAUGUGGGACAGUUGUGUGGUAAAAGUAGGGAAGACAGGACUCACGGUUAGAAGAGGCGAACUCUGCGAAGUCAAAUGCAGAAUUAGAGGUGGGCCUGAAGGGGGAGUCAUGCCAUUCGAACCACUUCCAGAAUGGCCAGUCCAAGAUGGCCUUGAACUAUUUCCGGCUGUGGUUGAUGUGCCCAAUGGUGCAUCUAAAGUAGUGAAGAUACCUGUCCUGAAUUCCACUCAACAUGACAUUUACCUCCCUGCAAGGACAGUGUUGGGUAAUAUCAUUCCAGUAUCUGAAGUCCUACCCCUCAUUCCAAGUGGUGGUGCUAGAAAAGAAAACAACAAGGAGGGAAGGGAGGUUCAUGUAAAUCAGUUGAGCCAGGUAGAUAAGGGAAGUCAGUUACCCGUCAACAAAGCAAUUAAGUGGCACCCACCUGUCGAUUUGGAACACCUUUCAAUACCAGAGCAGGAGAUAGUUAGACGAAUGCUUUACGACGAAUCUGAUGUCUUUGCUCAUGAUGAUGGAGAUAUAGGAUGCAUCCCAAAUCUGAAGUUGAAGAUUAAUUUAAAAGAUGACACCCCAGUUCAGAAAUGCUACAAUUCCAUUCCAAAACCCCUAUACAAGGAAGUUAAAGAGUAUGUACAAAACCUCCUCGACCGUGGCUGGAUUAAGAAAUCUUCCUCGGCGUACUCCUCACCAGUAGUCUGUGUCCGGAAGAAGGACAGUAGCUUACGGCUAUGUGUUGACUUUCGAGAGUUGAACCGGAAGACGAUUCCAGAUAGACACCCACUACCGAGGAUACAAGAUUUGCUGGACAGUCUAGGAGGAUUCACAUGGUUCUCCAUUCUUGACCAGGGUAGUGCAUAUCAUCAGGGAUUUGUGGAUGAGGAGUCAAGGCAGAUGACGGCAUUUAGCACCCCCUGGGGGCUCUAUGAGUGGAAGCGGAUCCCUUUUGGAUUAACUAAUGCUCCAGCAGCCUUCCAGAGGUGUAUGGAGAGUGUUCUAGAGGGAAUAAGAGAUAAAUGCUGUUCUCCUUACCUGGAUGAUGUGCUUUGCUAUUCAAAAACCUUUCACGAGCAUGUCGAAGACCUGAGGCAAGUGCUCUGCCGAAUGCGUGAGUAUGGUAUCAAACUCCGACCAAAGAAAUGUGAACUUUUCAAGACGCAGGUCAGAUACCUUGGUCGGAUGGUGUCAGGAGAAGGCAUUGAGAUUGACCCGAAGGAUCUUGAGGCUGUAUUGCAAUUGAAAAAGAAAGAACCAAAAACAGUGGGGGAAGUUAGAACUUUAUUAGGGUUUCUAAGUUACUACAGAUCCUUCAUCCAGGAUUUCUCAAGAAUAGCGAAGCCACUGUAUGAGCUCCUGCAGAACCCCAAGGAAAAGUCGGUUGUGAAAGUAGCAAAGACCAGCCAAAGUAAACAGAAGGUGAGGAAUGAGACCAAAGCACAAAUGCCAUCGAGAACUCCUAUUCAGUGGACAUCUGAACAUCGGGCCAUUGUGUCAAAAUUCAUAGAGAUGCUUACCAAUCCACCAAUUCUGGCA